AUGGCGGUGAAUAGCGAAGAAGCGAUGACGUCCCCAAUAAGUGAGGGGGAGCUGAAAAAGGUGUACUAUGAACAUUUUAUAGACGAUUUGACGGAUGAAGAACUCAUGUACAAAAAAACAGUGGAAGAUUUAUUUUAUAUUUACAAGUCAUUUGGGUUCAUUUACUCUAUCAUUAAAAAGGCAAACCUCUUGCUAAGUAAGGAGAACUUCGAUAUGUUUUUAAAAUCUCUUGUAAGCUUUAUUGACGAGCUCUUCCUGAACAACCCCAGUUUGUUUGACACACAAGGAAAUGAUGUAAAGCCAAAUUAUGCCAAUAAAGAAAUCGGAGGGGGAGCUACGAAAAAGAGGAAAGGAGAAUUUGAACAGACAUAUGUAAUUAACAACAGUGAUAAUAAUUCUUUUAUGAUCAUCCUAUCGAAGACAUACAUUGAAGAAUUACUAAAGGAUAUAAGGAAUGUAGACCCAAAUUUCAACGAAAAUAACCCACAGGAUUAUUUGUUCAUCACGAAGCAUAUUCUUAAAAUGAAAAACACUCUCGAAGUGGAACAUGUGAAGAAUCGGAUAGAUAAACUAAAAAAUAUAUUAAAUGUAGGGAAGAAUAUUUUCCAUGUAGAUGAACUAGUGGAUGACUCUAAUGAGAGUGAUGGGAAUAAGACGAUAAAGGUACACGAUCAUAUCGACGAGAUGAUAGAAAAAUUGAAGAACAUUGGACCAUCUAUCGUUUCGAUUGUUUAUAAACAAAACCUAUGGUACAAACAGAUUGUCAACAAGUCAGAGUAUGACAGCUUAAAUUCGAUUCUGAACUUAGAUGUAGAUGCAGACAACAAAGUGGUAGAAUCCACGUACGCAGAUGUGAUUCUGCUUCUUGGAGAUAAGAUGACAGAAAAUAAAGACCUGCUGAUUGCCAAGGAGAAGCUGGAAAGACUCAAAACCAAUUACGAUGCGGAAAUCCAAAGGAAGCUUCAACAAGAAAUGGAACUCUCCAAAAAAUUAGAGGACAAAAGAAAGGCUGUGCAGUUCAUAAUUGACAGAUAUAAUGAGUACACCUGGUUUGACAAGAAUUCCCCAAAGAAGCACUCCUUCUACAUAAUAGGUAUUAACCCAAAGACGACUACGGAGGAACAACUAAAGAGCUUCGGCAAAAGACUGAAACAUAUUUUGCACCCCGAUAAGGAACCCGACAAGGAGUGGAAGAAAAAGGCUGAGUCUGCUUUUAAGGAGGCGUCCCUCGCCAUUUUGGGCUGCCAGCAGGAGUUCAAAACGAAGGUCCUCAAGAAUCUGGAGCCCGGCCCGCCCGCUCCGUACUUGGCGCUCAUCGGGAUUGAGGCGGGCAGCGACACUACCGGGGGUGGCGGUACUAGUGGAGUUGGCGGUAUUAGCGGAGUUGGCGGUACUAGCGGAGUUGGCGGUACUAGCGGGGGUGGCGAGCAAGGAACCGCGCGGCUCCCGCAGUAUUACCCCACGCAGGCCUACUAUCCCAAAUUCGAGCUAAAGUGCGUCGACCAGAAAAUUGGUACCAUCCUUAUUGACAUCAAGUGCCCUGUACAACUGGGAGUGGUAAAAAAAGUGAUCCUAUACGUGCACAGACCCAUCUACGGAGCCGAGCCACUCAAUUUGAUCCCAGAAGAUUCGUUCCUUUCGCACAAAAUGGAACAAAACGUCAACGUGAAAAAUUUGAACCAGCCAAUUGAAGCCCGAGUUGACUUUGUCCAACCGUUAGAAAUCGCCGCAUCUACCAAGUACUACAUCGGCAUUCAGCUAAUAGCGGAGAGGGGAAACACCAUGAUAAAUUGGAACUCUAUCAAUAUAACACUCCACAAAUUUAGCAACAAAAAUAUUAUUAAGAAGCUGUUGUCAUCGUUUAAGAAUGCCUCCUUCAUUAAUCAGGCCCAACUGAAUGUGGUCCUGUCCAACGAAAACAAGGACGAGAUGACGAAGUAUUUGAAUGAGUGUAUUGCCGCGGCGAAGAUAUGGGCGCAGACA